GUUUUCUUCUUUAUGUGCAAUAUGAUUUUUCGUGUAAAGUUUUUUUAAACUGAAAUGAUGAUUACACUAAUAUUCUUAGCUGAAAGUGCUUCCCAUAUUUAAGUUCGAGAUAUUGCUCAUAGGCUUCUUGAAAUUUAAAAAGAGCAAGUUUCAAUAAUUUCAGCUCCGAAUAACAAGUGUUUUUUGUUGGUCUAUGCAAAAUAUUAAAAACAGAGGUGCCAAAUACUAAAACUGAAAUUGAAGUGUGUUUCUAACUAGAGAGAAGAAAAAUUUUCAAAUAACCAAAUUAACGAACGUAAUCCGCUCAUCUCCUAGUUGUGAGUCGUCUUUCAUGGCAACAAGAUGGUAGAAACGAAAUUACCCGAAACAAAAGGUCAACAAAACAAUGUUGAUGAUCAAGUAAACCAAUCCGAAUAUUGGAAUAGUAAUUCUAAAAUAAUUUCUGAAGAAGAAAAUACGGAAAAUGCUAUUAGCACUAAUAAAGUUCCAGGAUUUGGAUAUAGACAUGUACAAAUAGGAUUAUUAUUUUUAAUGCUUGCCAUUGGUUAUGCCAUGAGAGUCAAUUUAUCAGUAGGCAUCGUUGCGAUGACUAAUGGAAACACAACAGAAAAUCAUGAUGUACCGUGGUAUCCCUGGGAAAAUAAAAGUGUAAUUCUUUCUUCGUUUUUCUGGGGCUACAUAUGUUUACAAAUAUUUGCUGGAGAGCUUGGUCAAACUUAUGGUACUAAAUGGUUGGCUUUCGUUGCAAUGGCCGUUAAUUCAACAGCUUGCUUCAUUAUUCCUUUCAUGGCUGAAUGGCUCGGAUCCCCUGGAGUUAUCAUAUGUCGUGUGGUACAAGGAUUGUCACAGGGGUUCUUUUUCCCUUCGGUGCACAAUAUUUUGGGGAAAUGGGCUCCAUUAGACGAGAGAUCGUUUCUUUCUAUGAUAGCUUUUGCAGGACCAUCGUUUGGUACAAUUGUAUCACUAAUUGCUAGUGGAGCAAUAGCAUCUUCUUGGGUAGGAUGGCCGUACGCAUUCUACAUCUUUGGAGGAUUGGGUUACGUUUGGAUGCUAGCGUGGGCAUUCCUUGCAGCGAAUACCCCUGCCUUACAUCCAAAUAUUUCCAAAUCAGAAAAAGAGUAUAUAGAAAAAAGUCUUAGUGUUAAGACUCAAGUGGUUCCGCCUACGCCUUGGAAGAAAAUAUUUACCUCCGUACCUGUAUGGGCAUUUAUUAUUACUAUGUUUGGCCAAAAUUGGGGUUAUUCCACACUAUUGACAGAAAUACCAAACUACUUGGACAAAAUUAUGAAUUUUAAAAUGACAUCGAACAGUCUUUUAUCGGCUGCGCCAUAUGCAACGUGCUUCCUAUUAAGUUUUGUAUUUGGAGCUAUCUCAGAUUUCUUAAUUAAUAGAAAAUACUUUACAAGACAGUUUGCACGGAAAUUCUUUAACACAAUUGGAAUACUUGGGCCUGCGAUUGCAUUAGUAGUUUUAAGUUUUCUUCCAGACUCCCAAAGUACUCUAAGUGUUAUCAUGUUAGUCAUUGCUGUAGGCAUAAAUUCCGCAGCUUUUGUAGGAUUUCAAAUUAAUCCUGUUGAUUUGGCACCCAAAUAUUCAGGAGUACUCAUGGGUAUUGGCAAUGGAUCUUCCAAUAUAUUCUCAAUUUUGGCUCCUUUAACUGUUCAGUUUGUGGUUAAUCCUGAGGAUGAUAAAUCGCUUUGGAGAAUAAUUUUUAUCAUAGCAGCUUGUGUCUACACUGCUGCCGCCAUAAUUUUUAUCAUCUUUGGAUCAGCCGAAGUUCAACCUUGGAAUGACGAAGAGCAGAACAACGAAAAAGAAGAAGAAAAUAAAGAAAAAGUGUGAAUAAUUAAAUUAAACGAUUGAAUAUCAUUAGUUCACUUACAACGGCACUAAAAGUGUAUCUGUGAUAUAUUUUAAUUUUUCUGUCUACCAGAUAAAAGCAUCAUAGAGGCAUACUGGUAAGCCAGCAAUAAAUAAAGUUAAUAGCAAAGUAAUAAAAAUUAGAAAGAUGUAAAAUGAUUUGCAGUAUUUUACUUAUAAUAUUGUUUAAUUUUUUAUGAAUAGAAAUAUCAACUUAUAGUUUGAAAGUAUUUUUAUCAAAAUAUGAUAAAAAGUAUUUAGUUUUAUAUUAUUUAUAUUCUAUUAUCAUCAUCGAAAUGAAAGUUAUUCCCUUCGAUGUAAAAGUCGAUCCUAUCAAAGUGUAUUUAUUUUGCUGGAUUUAUUGUCCAGUUAUUGUUAGUUUUUAUUUUUUGUGUCCUUGCGGAUUUUUGUUUGUAUUUGCUUAUCUGUAAAUAUAUUUGCAAAAGUUACAAUACUUCUAUUUUCAAACCCAAUAUUUUACUUAAAGCGAAAAAAUGUUUAAUUUUUCUUUUAAAUUCUUCAAACUAUGAUUAGUCGUUAAGAAAUAUAUUUUUGUAAUAUUUUUGUUUUGUAUAUUGUGUAUACGAGAUAAUAUAAAUCCCUUUGAUUU